UAAAACUUGUCGAGAAACGGUGAGAAUUGAAACAAAACUCAUUUUAUCGCAUAAUCGGGUUUCUGUAACUUUGACAGGCGAUAACUUUAUCGACUGGAACAAACGGAAUAGAAAUACUGGAAAAAUGCGAUAAAAUGGGUUUCUGUAUCUCUAAAAGUCGAUAACUUUUUCACAUUAAACUUCAAAAUAUAUCACUUUAUUAAAAGCGGCGAUAAGGAAGGAAAAACAACAUAAAACUUAAAAAUGAGCGAAGUCGCAAAGAGAUGUUCCCGGGUUACAAGGGCCCAAAAAGAAUGCUUGGUGCAAUUUAUGGAGGACCACAAAGAGUUUGCCAGGGGGCAAUUCAAUUGCCCAAACUCCCACCAAAGCGCAUUGAAUAUGUGGGAAAUAUUGGCGCUAAAUUUAAACGCUAUGGGACCCAUAACAAAAUCAAUUGACCAGUGGAAAAAGUGUUGGACUGACUUAAAGUCCGGGGUGCGGAAGCAAUGCAACUCCCGGAAAGCAUUUUUUAACAGAACGGGAGGUGGCAGCAUCGGGAACGCACCCCGAGAUUUAAACGAAUUUGAGGAAAAAAUACUCGCAAUAAUCUCAACACAUGCUGUGGAUGGAGAUGGGUUGACUCCCGAAUCCGGGGUAGCUUUAAACACCCCUAUCAUUGAAAUGGAAUCCGAUGAGUGUCCUGAAAGCCAACCAAAAAAGGAAUUCUCAUACAAGACACAAUAUCUCGGUGUGGCAGAUAAAUUAUUCAAAUUGAUGAAUUUGUUCUCGGUGUACCAUCACCCAUCCGCAAAGAAAUAAGAGCAUCACUUAAGGCACUUCUAUCAAAUGUGUGUGACCCAAGAAGAAAAGUUAAAUCAACCGAAUUCAAUGGAAGUUACUAAAGCUGAGGAAGCUGAAUUAAAAAACACUGAUAUACAAAAUACAAAUGUAAUCACGUGCAUCCUUCGGAGGACAAAAACUCAUUCGAUUUCCAUUUCGGACAAAAAGUCAACACAAUGCAUAGUGGAUAGAUAAUGAAAUUCUAAGAAUCUUACUAGUUUAAGAAUGUUAUCUAUCUCCUACUUGUAUGGAGAUAUAAAUAAUUUUAAAAAUGUAUCAUUAAAAAAUUUCGUUUGUUUUUUUACUUAAAUUUAAUUUCCUAAAUACAAGCCAAUAAUGACGGUGGUUUGCAUGUAACACUUAAACGAAUUUCGAGCUAAAUUCUUGUGUUACAUACAAACCACCUUUAUUUCAAAUAUUAUUGAAAUGGUGCUAAGUUUCAACUUA